GGAAGAAGUAAAAUUCUUUGAUUCUUCUUUUGACGACAGCUCAGCUGUCCUUAACAAGACUAUAACAGUUUUAUUAAAAAUUGUUCUGUAACAUGCAAAAGAAAUUUAAAAAAAACUUUCCAACCAUCCAAGUUAGAAGUCUCUAACUUUUUUCUAACUUGAAAUAUCUUGAUUUAAAGUCAGCGCCGAAUUUCCUCUCCUCGAACGUUAAUCUUACCGACAAUUUCCGACGUUAACAAUAAUAAUUGGACACAUAAUAUUCGAGCUUAACUUACAAUGACUUUGUCUUUGGGAAAAGCUGCUCUUUUAUCAAUUUUUAUUUUGGGAGUAAAAUAUCAGACUGUAUUUGCCAAAGAGAGAAUAAUAGGAGGAACUGAAACAACGAUUGAAAAAUUUCCACACAUGCUACAUCUCCAUGUCGGGAGAAAAACUGGUAAUUUAAUGACUGGUUGUGGCGCUUCAAUUAUUGGCAAAGAAUGGGGACUUACAGCAGCACAUUGUUUUAAUAAUCCAGAAACUGACGAUAAUAAAAUAACUGUACUUGCUGGUACUACGGAUAUAAAAAAUUUGGCAUCAACUGCAAAACGUCAUAAAGUGAUUGAGAUUAUUCGAAAUGAAAAUUAUAAAGUUAAUGAUAAAAGUCGGAAAAUUGGAGGUGAUAUAGCUGUUAUUAAAGUUAGUCCACCUUUUACUUACAAUAACGUUAUUCAACCAGUUAAGUUGCCACAAAGAAGGCUGGCCUUAAAAACGAAUACAGCAACAGUUUCAGGAUGGGGUCAUACUAAACCAGGAGGACCGGGUUCUGAGAAAUUACGAAAAGUUAGUGUACCAAAAGUAAAAUUAGAAACUUGCAAAGAAAUUUAUCUCACGGACAGAAUAACACUGAAAGAAGGAGAAAUUUGUUAUGGAUUCAAUAACGGAACAGUAAUUCGCGAUAAGUGUCAAGGUGAUUCUGGCGGUCCACUUGUUAAUUCGGAUAGAGUAGAACUUGGAAUUGUUUCUUGGGGAGUCGAAUGUGGAACGAAAGGAUAUCCUGGUGUUUAUACUGACGUUCUUUACUUCCGCGAUUGGAUCAGGCAAAGAACAGGAAUAUUACGUCUCGAAGUCGGAAGAAAAACUGGCAACUUAAUGAGUGUUUGUGGUGCUUCAAUUAUUGGCAGAGAAUGGGGACUUACAGCUGCACAUUGUUUUAAGAGUCAAGAAAUAGAUUACGGCAAAAUAAGAGUAGUAGCUGGUACUACUGAUAUAAAAAAUAUGUCAGAAACUGCAAGACAACAUAAAGUGGUCAUGGUUAUUCGAAAUGAACAUUACAAAGUUAACGAAUAUAAACGAAAAAUCGGAGGUGAUAUAGCUGUCUUUAAAGUCAAUCCACCUUUUACUUACAAUAACGUUAUUCAACCAGUAAAAUUGCCACAAAGAGGACAAGUUUUAAAAACGGAUAUAGCAACAAUUUCAGGAUGGGGUCAUAUUAAACCAGGUGGACCAGGUUCCGUUAGAUUACAAGCCGUUACAGUACCAAAAGUAAGCACAGAAAAUUGCAAAACACAAUACCGCAAGUUUAGAAUAACACUGAAAGAAGGAGAAAUUUGUUACGGAUAUCACAAUCGAACUGUUACUAUCGACAAGUGUCAAGGUGAUUCUGGUGGACCACUUAUAAAUUUGGACGGAGUAGAACUUGGAUUGGUAUCGUGGGGUGUCAAAUGUGGAACGAAAGGAUAUCCUGGAGUUUAUACUGAUAUUCUUCCAGAAACAGAUUACGGUAAAAUAAGUGUAAUUGCUGGUACUUCCGAUUUAAAAAAUUUGGAAAGAACUGCAGAACAACAUAAAGUGGUCAUGGUUAUUCGAAAUGAAAAUUAUAAAAUUAACGAAAAAAAUAGGAAAAUUGGAGGGGAUAUUGCUGUAUUCAAAGUCAAUCCACCUUUCAAUUACAAUAACUUUAUUCAACCAGUCAAGUUACCACAAAGAGGGCAAGGCAACACGGAUUUUGCUACAGUUUCAGGAUGGGGUAAAAUUAGACCAGAUGGACCAGGUUCUAGUAGACUGCUAGGCGCAAGAGUACCGAAAAUGAACACAGAAAAUUGCAAAGCACUGUACCGUAGUGUUGGCGUAAUAAUGAAAGAAGGAGAAGUUUGUUAUGGAUUUCACAAUCAAACAGUUACUUACGAUUCAUGUGAAGGUGAUUCUGGCGGUCCACUUGUUAAUUCGGAUAGAGUAGAACUUGGAAUUGUUUCUUGGGGAGUCGAAUGUGGAACGAAAGGAUAUCCUGGUGUUUACACUGACUUUUGGUUUAAAGUAAAAUAUUUGUAUUUAGAGUUGCACAUUAUAAUGAACUUUUUUUUUCGAAAAAUGUAUCUUUUAUUAAUUCUGCUUUUAAGAUUGAAAUAUCAAUUUAUAUUCGCGCAAAAACCGAUAAUAAUAGGCGGAAAGGAAACUUCGAUUGAAAAAUUUCCAUAUAUGCUAUAUCUCAGAAUGAUGCCAAAACAUUAUGAAGGACCAGUGUCUUGUGGUGCAUCAAUUAUUGGAAAAGAAUGGGGACUUACAGCCUAUCAUUGUUUUAAGGAUAAUGAUUUCAUCAAUCCUAGUAGGAUGUAUGCAGUUGCUGGGAGUGCCAGUUUAAGACCAUUUUCAAAAACUGCAUCGCAACAUAAAAUAGUUCAAGUUAUUGGACAUGAAAAAUACAAAGGUCUAAAUUUUGAUAAAGAUAGUUUGGAUGUAACGGGUGAUAUAGCUGUCAUUAAGAUCAGUCCAGCUUUGAAAUAUAAUGAUGCAAUACAACCAAUCAAGUUGCCAGAAAAGGGACAACCGUUAAAAACCGACUUGGCUACAGUUUCAGGAUGGGGAAAUACUGGAUCAUGGCUUGGAGAUCCAUCUGAUAAAUUAAUGUAUAUUACUCUACCAAAAUAUGAUAUAAAUAAAUGCAAAGAAUAUUAUCGUAAAAAUAAUAUGGCUAAAAUGAGGAAAGAGGGAGAAAUUUGUUAUGGUUUUAAUAAUGGUACCCGCGGUGACAAAUGUUCAGGAGAUUCUGGUGGCCCACUUGUUAAUUCAGAUGGAAUAGAAAUUGGAAUUGUGUCAUGGGGUGUUCAAUGUGGAAGACUUGGAUAUCCUGGGGUUUACACUGACGUUCUCUAUUAUCGCGAUUGGAUAAAAGAAAAAACAGGAAUAUAAUUAUAUAGAAAUUUUCAAGUUUUUAAAUUUAUAUUUAAAUUAAUUAAUUUUUAAUGCAUAUUAAAUUGAUAAAUAUUUUGAGAGACAAUAAUUAAAUAAUAAAAUUAUUUAAUAUACAUA